CUAAAUUCUCUACUCAGAGUGCCGGUUGUCCCCCCUGUGCAUAGCUGCACGGAAUCUGAACAGCAAUGGGACAAGCCACGGACAGUGGGUGUGAAGCCAGGACCCAUCAACUCCAUGAACUUCACUAAGCCGGAGUGGCUUCUACAGAGGCAUGGUGGGUCCGUUACCAGAUCCUUGCUUGUUCAGAAUAACGGAGGAAGCAUAUGCAAAAUUUAAUAUUGAGGACAGGCCACUUGUGACCACAAUGAACAUGAGACCUGACAAGCCCCUUGUGGAAAGUGCUUUUGGGCUGGUGCAGGAGGGCAGUGUUCUGUCAUAUCAGCAGCCGGUUUUGACAACCCGGUACAUCACACUACACCGUGAUGCACCACCAACACCGCACUUGCCUCUGGAGGGGUAUGACAUCUUGCCAUCAGAUUGUGUGUUUGUGUGCUCAGAAGAAGAGCUUCUGCAUCUGAAAAGCUUGUCUGUAACUCUGGAAAUGGCUCACAAAAUAGAGGAAGCUACACGUGAGCAAAGCUCUUCAUCUGAGUGGCAUCAGCUCCGCAGGCCCAGAGUGACUGCCUCUAAGUUUCGGGAGGUGUGUCACAUCAGAGGCCAGAGCUCGGCAGAGUCACUAGCAGAGCGUAUAUUGAAGGGAACAAGGCAGACAGCAGACAUGAGGAGAGGAACUGAGAUGGAGCCUGCAAUAGCAGCAGAGUAUAGUAGGCUAAUGAAUGUUAACUACUCACCCUGUGGUCUGGUCAUUCACCCCAUUGCCCCCUGGCUUGUUGCAUCUCCUGAUGGUGUUGUUUUUGACCCCAAUGAAUACCCCCAGUUUGGCCUCGUCGAAUUCAAAUGUCCCAAUGUACAAAACUUUAUUGACUCCAAAUAUGUGCAGAUGGAAUGUGGUACCCCUAAACUAAAAAAGAGCCAUGCAUAUUACUGGCAAGUGCAAGGACAACUGCUCAUCAGUGGGAUGCAGUGGUGUGACUUUGUUGUGUGGGCACAAGAGGGCUACCUAGUGCAAAGAAUAUACAUGGAUAUAGAUGUGCACAUUGCAAUCAGAGAAAAGGCUGACUACUUCUUUUUUUACAUAUAUAUGCCAAGAUACCUGUGUUUGGAAAAAUGAACAGUGAAAACAUAGCAAAAAGGAAAACAGAUCCUUCAGGCUGGCUGGAACAAAAUAACUGAUGUUUUAUUUGC